GCGUGCAGAGCUGUCAGUGGAGCAGCCCAGUGGUAUCGACAGGCAGGGAAAGCCCUCAGACAAGGGACAUGUCUGAAUCAAGUUUAAUCGAUUCGUCCACCGGGGACGUAGCGAAUAGGUUCGCUCGCAAAGGUGCUUUGAGGCAGAAAAACGUCCACGAAGUGAAGAACCAUAAAUUCAUAGCCAGGUUCUUCAGGCAGCCGACUUUCUGCAGCCACUGCACCGACUUCAUCUGGGGGUUUGGAAAGCAAGGAUUCCAGUGCCAAGUUUGCUGUUUUGUGGUCCACAAGAGGUGCCAUGAACUUGUCACGUUCUCCUGCCCAGGGGCAGAUAAGGGCCCGGACACAGACGAUCCCAGAACGAAGCACAAGUUUAAGAUCCACACCUAUGGGAGCCCCACUUUCUGUGACCACUGUGGCUCUCUGUUGUAUGGCCUCAUCCACCAGGGCAUGAAGUGCGACUCCUGCGAUAUGAAUGUUCAUAAGCAGUGUGUUAUGAAUGUGCCAAGCCUGUGUGGAACCGACCACACUGAAAGGAGGGGCCGUCUUUUCCUCAAGUGUGAGGUCACCGUGGAUAAACUGCAGGUCACAGUUGGUGAAGGCAAAAACCUGAUCCCCAUGGACCCCAAUGGCCUAUCUGAUCCAUAUGUCAAGCUCAAGCUCAUACCAGACCCCAAAAAUGAGACCAAGCAGAAGACCAAAACCAUCCGCUCCAACCUCAACCCCAAAUGGAACGAGACCUUUAAUUUCAAGCUGAAGCCUACAGAUAAGGAUCGCCGGCUGUCAGUGGAGGUGUGGGACUGGGACCGGACCACUAGGAACGACUUCAUGGGGGCUCUUUCCUUCGGCGUAUCAGAGCUCAUGAAGUCUCCAGUCUGUGGCUGGUAUAAGUUAUUGUGCCAGGAAGAAGGGGAGUACUACAAUGUACCCAUCUCAGAGGAGGAUGACGGAAAUGAGGAACUGAGGCAGAAGUUUGAGAAAGCCAAGCUAGGCCCAGGUAAAAAGGUGAUCAGCGAGAUGGACAACAGCCACCCCAGUGUGCCCUCCAACAGCCUGGACCAGGUCAAACUCAGCGACUUCCACUUUCUUGCUGUUCUGGGGAAAGGCAGCUUCGGCAAGGUCAUGCUGGCAGAGAUGAAGGCAUCUGAGGAGCUGUACGCAAUAAAGAUCCUGAAGAAGGACGUGGUGAUCCAGGACGAUGACGUGGAAUGUACCAUGGUGGAGAAGAGAGUCCUGGCCCAACAGGACAAGCCGCCCUUCCUCACACAGCUCCACUCGUGCUUCCAGACUGUGGACCGUCUGUACUUUGUUAUGGAGUAUGUGACUGGAGGAGACCUCAUGUACCAUAUCCAACAAGUGGGCAAGUUCAAGGAACCUCAGGCAGUGUUCUAUGCAGCAGAGAUUGCUGUUGGUCUCUUCUUCCUGCAUCUUAAAGGAGUCAUCUACAGGGAUCUGAAGUUGGACAAUGUGAUGCUGGACUCUGAGGGACACAUUAAGAUUGCUGACUUUGGCAUGUGCAAAGAGAACAUGGCAGAAGGAGUGACCACACGCACCUUCUGUGGCACUCCAGACUACAUCGCCCCAGAGAUCAUUGCAUAUCAGCCAUAUGGACGCUCUGUAGACUGGUGGGCAUAUGGGGUCCUGCUCUACGAAAUGCUGGCUGGACAGCCUCCAUUUGAUGGAGAAGAUGAAGAUGAGUUGUUCCAGUCCAUUAUGGAGCACAAUGUGUCCUACCCAAAGUCCCUGUCCAAAGAAGCUGUCUCCAUCUGCAAAGGGCUGAUGACCAAGCAUCCAUCCAAGAGACUGGGCUGUGGCCCUGAGGGAGCGAGGGACGUCCGAGAACAUGCCUUUUUCAGACGUAUCGACUGGGAACGCCUCCAGAACAGGGAGAUACAGCCACCCUUCAAACCCAAAGUGUGUGGCAAAGCAGCGGAGAACUUUGACAAGUUCUUCACACGCACCCAGCCCCAGCUCACACCACCAGAUGAGCUGGUUAUCGCCAACAUUGACCAGGCUGAGUUUGCAGGAUUCUCUUUCAUCAACCCGCAGUUUAUGCACCCAUCGCUCAGUAACAGCAUAUGAAAAGGAUGGCGAAACCUGCAAGAAGAACUUCCCUCCUCUCUACCACCCACUUAAACCAACCACCAGUCCAUUAUCUGACCACAACUUGAUCUUGAAGGCCCGCUUCAAACCUUUAUGUAUUGGUUUUAUUCAUAAACAGCAAUCUAGGGCUUGCAUAUUUGUUCUGUACAAUAUAUCUGCCAGUGUAGAUUACAUUAGAGUGGUUCUCAGACAUCACAAGAAAUAAUUUCCUUUAGUUUGAGAUGAGCAUGUACUGUAGACAAGGAUGUCCUCCCUUACUGCUGCAAUUUGUCUCGAAGGUUUACCAUAACUGAAGGCACUGAGACUGAAGGAUGUCAGGCUUUAUGUAUCUGCUCCAGUAUAUGAUGAAAUUGAGAGAAUAAAUUAAUCUAUGCCUGUGUAUCACAUAAGGAAGCCAAUAUUAAAGAUGCAUUUAAAGUAUGGAUUAACUAAUUUGGGAAAAGAUGAAAAAGAUAAUUAUAAAAACACAGAUAUAAUGUAACUUUAAAAAGCACUCAUGUAAGAUUGUGCAGAGACUAUAGCUAAAUAUGAAGGACAGGUGGUGCAGGCAUUGAAAUACCACCUUGUGAUUCAAUGUUUCCUGCAUCAUGUUUACAGUUUUCCUCUCCUUUGCUUUAAUGGUGACGGUGUACAAUUCAAGUCUAGCCAGUCUCAACUGCCAGUAUGCGUAGCAAAUCAACUAAAGAAUGAACAGUUAUGUUAUUACAUAACGCAGCCUGUAAAAACGCAAAUAUGUGAGACACAUAGGUAUGAAAGUGUGUCAGGGUUGGUUUCACUUCUUCAAAACUUAACUGUUAUCACUCGAGUUUAAAAAAAUAAUAAUUCACACAACUAUUUUCCAGCCCUUACUUGAGCUGCAGAUUGCGUGUUUCCCUUAUCAAUAACUUUGUGGACACUAUGUGGACACACAGUAAAGAGUAAUCAGUUUAGUAUGUGGGCAGAACAUUCUUAUGUCUACCAUACAAAAAAAAUCAAACCCAAAAUGUUUACAAUUUGUGCCCAAAAUUACAGUCUUAACAGAAACUGUUAAGACAUUUUCAUAAACUGUUGUUUGUUUUAAGAACAUGUCAAUGUGUAUUAACCAUGCAAUGUUAUAUUGCAUACAGUAUCAUGCCCUCAAGCAUCGGUAAAACAUACUUGUUAGGUUUCUUGGAUACAGAAGUUGCAAAUCAAAAGGAGCAUUUCUUCUGACAAUGCUUUGUCGUCCUGAGAAGAAACUCGUCCUUUAUCAGGAGAGUGUCAACAAAAUCCUUGUUGUUAUCAUCCCCUUUUGUUUCUUUAAUGUCUUUAAAGAUAGAUAAGUUUUUACCCUCUCUUUUGUGAUCUCACUCAUAUUUUUCCAUUAGAUCAGAUUAAUAUUUUAAUGCAUCUAAUAUCAGUGCAUAACUCCUUUGUAAAUAAUUAUGAGUUAAUUAAAAAGAGUAUAGCAAGUUACAGUUUUUAUACCAACACCUGAAUGUGCUUUUAUUACAUUAAUUAUAUAAACCAAUAUUUGUAUGUGUAAAAGAAAGUAACCCAAGAUCAACUUUGUAUCAGCUGGAUGUCUGUAGUACAGUCCAGAUCUAGCAAGUUGUGAAAGAUUCUUCUGUUCUGAUACUUGUUUUGGCAGAAUUAUCAAAUCUUUUUUUUUCUUUAGUCAUAUUCAAUGAUUUUGACUGCAAUUUGUAUGUUGAUUGGAUGUGUGUCUGGCUGUUGACUGUCCUUGUGUAUCUGCAUGCUGUUGGUAGGCAUCAUUCAUGCACGUGAUCCGCUAAGUGCUGCAUGCCACUAAGUAUAAACACCUAAAGAGUUACAACCUCAAAGUGAUACUCUGCUCAAAAUCUAACUUCAGAGGUGAGUCACUCCUUGUAGUCUUGAAAGUUUGUACCUGUUUCAUCCAUCUGGAAGAAUAAUGGCCAUGUUUAGUUUAAAUUCAUGAGGUGCCCAUUACAUACCAGAGUAACUUAGGAGUGCUGAUCUUAAAUCGGCUAGACUCACAAGUAUACAAACCACAAGUUUAAAUGACACAGUCUUACAACAGUAAUGAAACACCAAAGUCCUAACUUUCAGGCAAAUUUGUAAACUACAUGUGAAAACAGGCAUGAGGAACUACAAUGAUUUUGCCAAAAGAAUGCAGAUCACAGGGGCUAAAGAACAUAGAGUAGACAUUUAUUGCAGCCUGUAAAUUUAAAUACAACUAACUAACUAACAACUAAAAUGAAAUGUAUAAAAAAUAAAAGACUUCCCUGACACAUAGUCAUAGGUUCUACAUCAGUGCUUUUUUGUGACACAUUAUGGCCCCUGGUUCCUUUUGCAUUUACCUAUUUAGGGCGAUGUGGAACACUGAACCCAGAUCUGACACAGAAGCAUGGCUCGUAGACCAGUGGGACCACUCGCUCUCUAGUGUCUCAUGAAUAGGGUUUAUGUUAUAAUCUUAUGUCGUGUCAUUUGUUUAAUUAUUUUUUUGGUCUUUUUGCUUUUGCUGUUUGUCGGUGUUGCAGUUCUAUUUCUCUAGCUUCUGCUCAAGAAAUCCAGGAAUGUUUCAGAGAAUAUAUCACAUAUGAAAACGCAUAUCUGACUGACAUAGAUAAGGACUAUUGAUUAUGUAGUAUUUCCUCCAUGAUUUUUCUAAGAUUUGUGUUCUCCAGCCAUGUUCCCUAUAGUAUUUUAACCCUUUGCAUGUGCCAAACCUGGAAAACGCCAGAACCCGACAAUAGCAGCAUUGCACUAGCUGUAGUCACAUGGAUGACUCUCUGUGGCAGCUGAGACCUGCCCAAAGCCACACCUGCUGUUCACUCUGUUGGUCACAUAACAUAUACAGUAGCAUGCUGCCAUGAGUAUACCAGUGCACAUUGUGUUAGUCAGUUUGAUAGAUGACUCAGCAUACACGGUACUAGAGUUUCCUGCCUGUCUAGUCUCGGGCAGAAUUGUCUCUGACAAACAAUUAAACUUGUGGAGCGUUUAAUUUAACAUCCGGUGAAUUUCACAGAAGUGAGAGAAAAUAUUCCUUGUACAUACUCUGAGUUUACUCAGCAACAGUCUUGCCCUCGUCUGAGCCUAACUUGCACCUCUGUAUGUGCUGACUAAAUAGCCUAGGUCCAUCCCUUUAAUAGAGUCUCUGAUGACUUGUUUCCCAAUCUUCUUUCUUCUUAGAAAUGUUUGAAAAAUGUCACAGUCAGUGUGGGCAUGAAAAAAAUAAUAAUUACUUACUCUCCCCGUGUGUGCCUUUCCCAACUUAAAGAGAUAUACUGUACAUCCUCUACUUAUACUUCAUUGUUCUUGCUCUGAUCUCAACUCUCUGCUCCAUUUUUACUCCGUACCUUCCUCUGCUUACUGUAUUUUUAAUAAAUUGUCAAAGUAGCCUAGUUGAAGUUAGUUCACUCAAUUUUUAUUUCAUUUUACACCAUGUUUCUGCACAUCCUGCAAAUUAUUGAAUGUGAAUAAAAGUCUGUAAAUCAGAAUCAGAACACAUUUUGUUGACUGAUGCCAAUAACCCUUACAGUCAUAAAACUGCAACUCAACUCAUCCUCCUGUGUCUGCUUGCUUUACCUUUACCUCCCUGUGCCUAUCAAUGACUGAAUGAUGUAUUUAGUUAAUUAGUAUGUAUAGCGAUUAGUUCAAAGGAUGAUAUUGGAGAAGCGAGGGAACAAUGAACAUGUGAUUGAUGGGAUUAAGUUAAAUGAAUGAAAUGUUAGUUGAUGAUGGCUUGUUUGAAGGACAACCCCUGUGCCUGGUCACAUUGAACCAUCCCUCCCUUGUCAUCACUUGUAUACCCUCUUUCACUCUACCUGUUCCUCCUUCCUCAGUGCCUGGGCCAAGUCAAUCCAUCAUGUUAUCGACAGUGUCCUCCGUCUUUCACCCUUUAAAAUGCCAUCAGGUCAGGAGAGCAGUUGAUUUUUCCUGUGCAGUUCACUCAACACAGUUGACAUCAAUUUCCACCUGUUCCUACUCUUUACUGGUCCCCUCUUAUGCACCAUGGAAAAUGAGUUAGCCAAAUGUGUUUGGUGUUUUUCUUUGUUUACAUUCUGUUUGUUGUCCUCGCUUAUAUGUUUUUAAUUUAAUCAAUUAGAAUGGCCAGAAAAUGAAGUAACUUUCUGAUAAAAGACUUUAGACUAUUUUAAAGAUAGAUAGAGAGAGAGAGAGAGAGAGAGAAAGAGAAAGAGAGAGAGGUCUGUUAUGAUUUCUUACAAUGCUCAUUUAGCUACCUGUUUGCUUUAGAUGAAUCCUGUUUAACAUCUUUCUUCUUUGUAGUUAGUCAUUACUCUCUGCUGUGUCCUGUUCGCUGUGAAAUGAGAGAGUUGAAGUGAGCUGCCAUCUUUUUGGCCGUACAGAGCACAGGAUCAAUGAUGUGCAGGAAUGCCUUAUUCCUUAACCCAUACAGUAACAUGGUCUCUAACUCUCCUCUCUUUGUUCAUUUAUAAUCUCAGCACCCCUGUCCCUGUACAUAAAUGACUUACAGUAGAUAUCUACAUAGUCUGUAAAAGAAAGAAUAUAUUGUAUUUUGCAAAUGGUGUAUGUUUGUUUUCCUCCCUUGUCAGCCUGAAACCUUUAAAACGAGUCUGAGCUACUUACCUUGUAACUGAUUGUGUCAUUUGUACCUAAUGUAUGAUAAUGCAAAUUAAAAAAAAAGGAAAAUGAGGUCCAUA